AUGUCUCGAUUAUUACUACUAGCCCUUGUGGCAUUGGUGGCAGCAGAGGAAUUCGAAUUUGAUGAGGCUACGGACUGCGGAACCGCUGCCAGCAAUUGGAAGCCAUGCAUUGAGCGCAAAUUGGCUGAUCAGGUAUUCAGCACCUGUUGCGAGCGAUUCGUACCGCCGGAGUGCCGCGGAACCUGCAUGUACGAGACGAAUGCCAUUGAGGCUCGCGUGAUCUUGAUGCAUUCUAUCCAGCCUGCUCGCUGCCGCCUUUACAAGUACCUGCCGGCCGUUGUUCACUGCGCUGCCCAGACGCACGAUAACUCCGAGUGCUGCCGCGCCAAGGGAAUCCACACUCUCGGCGAGCAGUGCAUGAUGCUCUGCACCCCUCAGAAGAACCCCCGCGUGCUGUGGGGCAUGAAGAGCCUGCGGAAGGAUCUGGUGACCUGCCUCGCCAAAUGGGACCAAAUCAUGCAAUGCCACCAGAGCGGCCUCCGUGCUCGCAAGUGU